UUGUGGCUUAGGCUUUCCGGUGGUACCGGUGUCAUAGCCGUAUUGAUUCAAAUCCUGGAUUCGCCAUCUAAUUGGACCUACCAUCUACGAAAGCGGUUUCCGCUGUAUAUCUGGCCGAUACUGACCGCUGGGGUAAUUUUCCUUGAUUGGAGACAUACACAAGAGUGGAAAGCGAAUGGUCGAGUGUCUGUGCUACAAACUCAACUUCUAGGAACUGGGCUGCAAGAUCAAGGGAACGAUAACGUCACCUGA